AUGGCAACCAUAGGGAAGCUUGAUGUUGAAGUGAAGGUGCAAUCUACCGCAGAUAAGUUCUGGAAUAGCAUUAUGAACUCUGCGACCAUCUUUCCUAAAGUUUGCUCUGGUCUCUACAAAAACGUUGAAGUUCUUGAAGGCGAUGGACAGAGCGUGGGAACUGUCCGUGUGAUUCACUUUGCUGAAGGGUCGCCAAUUAAGAAACCAAUGAAAGAGAAGAUAGAAGAAGUUGAUGAACCAAAUAUGAAAGUGGUAUACAGUGUGAUGGAUGGAGACGUGAUGCAAUUCUACAAGACUUUCAAGGCUAUUAUUGAGGUGAUUCCUGAGGGAGAAGGAAGCCUUGUGAAAUGUUGUUAUGAGUAUGAGAAAGCGAGUGAUGAGGUUCCACAUCCUAGCAUGGUUGGAGACCUUGUUGCCAAGAAUUUGCAGGCGGUUGAUGCUUAUCUUCUUAACGCAUAA